AUGAAACCAUUAUCUGAAGGACAGCUAAGGUUUUAUGUUGUUCAACCAGUACAUCUCAUAUCAUGGCUAUUCAUACUUUUCAUUCUGAAGCCUAUCUCUUCCCUGAAACCUGCCCGACUUCCCGUUUAUCAAAGAAAGCCCUUUAUAGUUGCUUGGAAUGCUCCAACAGAUCAGUGUUUGAUAAAAUAUAAUAUAAGGCUGAAUUUGAAAAUGUUUCAGGUGAUUGGAAGUCCACUGGCCAGGGCCAGGGGGCAAAACGUCACUAUAUUUUAUGUCAACAGGUUGGGAUACUAUCCAUGGUAUACACCCCAGGGAGUUCCCAUUAAUGGAGGUCUCCCCCAGAACAUAAGUUUGCAGGUACAUCUGGAAAAAGCUGACCAAGAUAUCAGUUAUUACAUCCCUUCUGAAGAUUUCAGUGGACUUGCUGUUAUAGACUGGGAAUACUGGCGACCUCAGUGGGCCAGGAACUGGAACACAAAAGACAUCUACAGACAGAAGUCAAGAAAGCUUAUUUCUGAAAUGCAAGAGAAUGUAUCAGCUGCUGAUAUUGAAUAUUUAGCCAAAGCAACCUUUGAAGAAAGUGCAAAAGCUUUCAUGAAGGAAACCAUUGAAUUGGGGAUUAAGAGCAGACCCAAAGGCCUUUGGGGGUACUAUUUAUAUCCUGAUUGCCACAAUUAUAACGUUUAUGGCCCAAACUAUACUGGGUCAUGCCCGGAAGAAGAAGUUUUGAGGAACAAUGAGCUCUCUUGGCUGUGGAACAGCAGCGCUGCUUUAUAUCCUUCUAUUGCUGUCAGGAGCUCUCUCGGAGACAGCGUAAACGUUUUGCGGUUCUCGCAAUUUCGGGUGCAUGAAUCUAUGAGGAUCUCUACCAUGACAUCCCGUGAUUAUGCUUUGCCUGUGUUUGUCUACACAAGGCUAGGCUACAGAGACCAACCUUUACUUUUUCUUUCUAAGCAAGAUCUAAUCAGUACUAUUGGAGAAAGUGCUGCCUUGGGAGCUGCAGGCAUUGUUAUUUGGGGAGACAUGAAUUUGACUUCAUCUGAGGGCAACUGUACAAAGGUGAAGCAGUUUGUGAGUUCUGACUUAGGGAGCUACAUAGUCAAUGUGACCAGAGCCGCUGAGGCGUGCAGCCUUCACGUCUGCAGGAAUAACGGGAGAUGCAUAAGGAAGGUGUGGAAAACGCCUGAUUACCUUCACCUGAACCCUGCGAGUUACCACAUCGAGGCCUCUGAGGACGGAGAAUUUACUGUGAAAGGCAGAGCGUCUGACGCAGACCUGGCAGUGCUGGCAGAGAGAUUCUCCUGUCAUUGCUAUCAGGGGUACCACGGGGCUGACUGCAGAGAAAUGAAGACGGCUGCUGGCUGCUCCGGGCCUUCCUCUUUUUCGGGCUCACUACUCACUCUGUGUCUGCUGGUUUCCACAGGUUAUCAGAGCCGUCAGUGGUGA